UUUAAACCUGAGUAUCUGCUUCAGGUCAGAGUUUCUGAAAGAUCAGAAUAAUGUCCAUGAUGAAGAGGUCUGUGUUUGUGGGUUUUGUCCUGCUUGCUCUCGUCCCAUUGAUUCAUGCUGCCUGUUUGCGUCAACUGCCUAGUUUUGGUGCGACUCAUUGUCAAGACGGUCAGGAUAAGACUUGGCACCCGAUCGGAGCCGAAUGGUUAAACAGCAAGUGCGCAAGAUGUACAUGUGGUGUGGUUGGGAUGGAAUGCUGUGACACAUUACCAUCAGGUGUGUCUGGAGGCUGCACCAUUAAAUAUGAUUAUGAAACCUGUACAUAUAAAUUGAUUCAUCUGAAUAAAUUUGUUUCCUGUGGGGUUGUUGGAAAGUGAUUGUAAAGAUGAAAUAAAGAAAUUGAGAUAAAAACAAUCUUGGAAUUAAAAUCAGAGCAGAAGUACAAAUACAACAUGAUGACUUUGAACCUAAAAUAAAAAAUUACUUACUGA